AAAAAAUUUUAGUUUUGACAGUUGACAGUUUGAUUAUUGAUAAGUGGUAUUUGUUGUAAUAAUAAUAAUCAUGGUUGAAAUCGCUGGAAAAUAUAAUUUAGAAAGCAAUGAGAAUUUGGAUGAAUAUUAUAAGGCAAUUGGUGUCCCUUUUAUACCAAGAAAAAUGAUGUGUAGCAGUCGACCUGAGUUAACAAUCAGUGUUGAUGAGAAAGGUGAAUGGACAAUUAGUUCAAGUACAUUAUUAAGAACUGUAGUAAUUACAUUUCGAUUGGGGGAAGAGUACAAUGAACAUAUGCCUGGGGGAGUUACAAUUCAGAGUGUUACAACUCGUGAAGGUGACAGUUUUGUAACAGUAUCAACUGUUCCAAAUGGGACGAAAGUCAUCCGUCGAUAUGAUUUCAAUGAAACUCAUUGCAUCUUGUAUUUGAAGCACGAAGAAUCAGGUGUUGAAGCAAAACGGUUUUACAAACGAGCUUAAUAACAGUCACAAUUACGUUUAAAAACAAGUUUUAAACAUUUCCACAAAAAGUAAUAAUUGUACGCACAAAAUCAAUUUUACAUUUACCUGUGAUGCACAUAUUUAAACUCAGUGGUUGCGGUUAGGUUGAAGUUUUAUAAUUGUUUUAAUUACUUAUCUUUAUGUAUUUUAUAUUGAUUUUUAUGUAUUUAUGAAAUAUGGGUUAAAAUAAGUACAAUAAAUGUCGUGUUAUGAUGUUA